GAAAAAUACAUAUAAACGAUUUGUUGAUAUAUUCUGCGAUUUAUAUUUAACCAUUUUGCGUAAAUUGUUUUGAUCGUGUGUAUAUGUGGUCAAUACAUGUAAUAUACCGCGAAACAGCAGUGAAGUCAAAAUGUGUUGAGAUGGUAGUCGCUUAUGCCGGGUAAACACGGAGCUCGCGAUGAAACGUCAAUGCAUAGUGCCGAGCUGUUUUCCUUCUUAGAAUUUAUUUUACAAAUGACACGGAACAAUGACGAGCUCGAGAAUCCAAAUAAUAAAAUACUUUAUAUUUCUGUCGAUCUUCCUAUUAGCACAGAGUGCAGUAUGCGAUGGAAACUUUAGGGUAAAUAGGACUGUACCUGAUGGAACUGUAAAAAAAGAUAACGCACAUAAUUCGUUAGAGAAACAAAAAGUACCGCAACAACAUGCAACAACGAUUGAUGAGGGUAAUAAAACGGUAAACGAUACGACCUUAAAAGCAGACGUUAAUAAAACUAAUACACAAGUCACAGGAUCGCGAAAAGAGCAUGUGGGCGAGGGACAUACAACUUCUUUAAAUGUUGGAGCUCUGAAGCGUGGAUUUUAUGUGUUUGUGGGCCUAAGUGUUCUUGUCAUGGCCUAUAUCGUGUUCCGUAGCUUUAGAUUAAGUAAAACACGUGCCCAAAUGGUCAGAAAGUAUGGUGUUCUUACACACAGACAAGAUGUUGAAAUGAGACCAUUACCGUUAAGCGAAGAAGAUGAUGAGGAUACUACUGUUUUUGAUGCCAGUAAUGUUAUGACAAAUAAUGUUCAACAUCAAAAUUUAUGAAGUAAAUCAGCAUAGAGUAUGCUGAUCAUACUAUCGUGUAAAUUUUUAUUUGUACAAGAAACUUUCUUCAGAAUUGAUGGUAUUUAAAAAGUCAAAGUGUACAUCACCUU